UCCUGUCUCCUUUGUCCCAGAGCCUCCAAUGUGAAGCGCAGUGCUCGGGGUUGGAGUGUCAAGAUCUGUGGCCGUGGAUAAGUUCGUACCUAGUGCACGGGUUCCAGAGGGCCAUGGAGGUGCGACCUCCGGCGCCACGGAGCUUCCUCUACCGGGCGCUCGGUCCUUUCCCCCGGGUCUUUGCUGCGGAAGGUGUGGCUGUCAAUUCGGUGCCCGCUGACUCGGAAGUCCUUGUGGAGGACCAGAAGCUUCCUUCCUACCUCUCGGAACCUCGUUCUCUGGAGUCCGGAUGGGACCGUCUCCGAGAGCUGUUUGUUAAAGAUGAACAGCAGAGAGCAUCAAAAGAACUUGAGAAUAUUUAUAGGGCAGCAGUUUCAGCAGGCAUCAUUGGCUGGGCAUAUGGGGGAAUACCAGCCUUUAUUCAUGCUAAACAACGCUACAUUGAGCAGAGCCAAGCGGAAAUCUAUCAUAACCGGUUUGAUGCUGUGCAAUCAGCGCAUCGUGCUGCCACGAGAGGCUUCAUCCGGUAUGGCUGGCGCUGGAGUUGGAGAACAACAGUGUUCGUGACUAUAUUCAACAUGGUGAACACUGGUUUAAAUGUGUACCGAGAUAAAGAUGCCCUUAGCCAUUUUGUCAUUGCAGGAGCUGUCACAGGAAGUCUUUUUAGAAUAAAUUUAGGCCUGCCCGGCCUGGUAGCUGGUGGCAUAAUUGGAGCCUUGCUAGGCACUCCUAUAGGAAGCCUGAUGAUGGCACUUCAAAAGUAUUACGGUGAGACAAUUCAGGAAAGAAAACAGAAGGAUCAGAAAACUCUCCGUGAGCUGAAAUUGGAAGAGUGGAAAGCCAGACUACAGUUUACUGAGCUCCUCCCUGAAGAAAUUGAAAGUAGCCUACAGAAAAAUCGAUCGAAAGAAGAUGCUGAGAAAAUCGAAGCACUACUAAAUCUUCCUAGAAACCCCUCAUCAACAGAUAAACAAGACAAGGACUGAAGUUGUUGUGGACUUGAAACUCACUGGAGAGUUGAUGUUGCCAUGUCCACUGAAUGCAGGUGAUCCAGCUACUCCUCGGUUGCCCUGAUGACAGCUGUAAGCACUAGCACCUGUAGUGACAGUGCUUGUUCUUACUUGUUUUUUUAAAAAUUAUUAUUAUUUUAUUGUUGUUCAAGUAAAGUUGUUUGCAUUUACCCCUGCCACUCCCCUCCCCACCUCAGUCAUCCCCACCUCCCUCCCCUGAUCCCACCAUAUGUCCUUAAUAGAUGUUCCUGAAAACCCUCCCCCUCCCCCAUUAUCUUCUCCCACCUCCCCUCUGGUUACUGUCAGAUUGUUCUUAAUCUCAAACAGAGAUUGGUUCAAUGUCUCUGUUAUGUUUUGCUUGUUUGUUUGUUUGUUUUGUUGGUUAAACAAAUGGGACCUCAUCAAAAUAAAAAGCUUCUGCAUGGCUAAAGAAAACAGCAUUAAAAUGAAAAGAGAACCAACUGUAUGGGAAAACAUAUUUACCAGUGACACCUCAGACAAGGGUUUGAGCUCCAAAAUACAAGAACUCUUACCUGUUUUUUAAACCAAGAAUUAGGCCAAUGUACUCUCACUUUACUCAUCCUUAAAUUUAAAUAUAUACAUACAUUUAUAUUGAUCAAUCUAUAUAUUUGGCAUAUCUAUAUUGAUCGAUCAAUAUUUUUUCCUAAAUUUUAUAACAGGAAAUUAAAAAUUUCCCAAAAGAUUAAUGUGUGUUGGGAACCAUUCUGCCUGGUUUCAGGAGUUGUAACUGCCCCCCAUGGCUAAGGCUGAGUGAGCAACCUCUGGAAUGCGAGCCACUAAGGAGACAAAGCUUGUCUCUGCUUCAUGCCCUUGCCCCCCAAUGCUUGGUCGGUUAGUCAGAGAUGGGUAAGACCCCUCAGAGGGAGGGCAACCUAAGCCAGACAUGAUCACUCGGGAGGCCAUCAUGUAAGGACUCGGGGGGGCUACAACAAAGAGGGAGUGAUGGACCCUCGCCCCCUGGCUAUUCUGACAUAGCCCGAGUCCCCAUGUCCUCUGGGAGAAGCAUUUCCUGGCUCUAAUCCACUUAAGCCUGAAAACCCAUGAUGGGGGGAGCGGGGUGCAGCCCCUUGCUGGCUAGAGCGGGAUCCAGGGUGAUUGGGCAUAAGAGAGAGUUCCUAAAAGUCCUGUGAAGCCUGCUUCGCUAAGAGUGUUUUCAUUCAUAUGAUAAGGGCCUGGGCAGGGAAUGAGUAUGUCUCCCAAAGUUCCUGCAACCUCCUCACCUGACAGACACUGACUCAGACUACACCCUCAGAUUUCUUUGAAAUGUUAUCUCCUGUUUGAUCCUUGCCACGUGUAUUCCUGUGUAUUACAGCCCAAUAAAAGCCGUUGAGAAAGGGGCUCCUGGCCUUUCUCUGAGAAAUUGGCCACCUCUCCUUCCCAAGCAGAUCA